AUGGGUGGCUGGUUGCCUACAGCCCUGCAGUCCUUGCAAUGGAGUUGGGCUCUGCCCUGGGUCAUGUUCCUGCUUCUCAUAAGUUCCCAACUCCAGGUGACUCACAGCUGGACUUCUCAAGAUGAAAGGAAGAGUGAUGACCAAAAAGUCAUGGAAAAUUAUUUCCCUGCCACUGUGGAGUAUGCCUUGCACAUAUUCAACCAGAAUAGCAAGGACAUGAAUGCAUACAGGUUGGUGCGCAUCUUGAAUUCCUGGAAGGAGCAGGCAAAAACCAUGAUGGCUUUCUCCAUGGAGCUGCAGCUUCGCAGAACCAGGUGUGGGAAACUUGAUGAUGACAUUGACAACUGCCCCUUUCAAGAAAGUCCAGCACUUAACAAUACCUUCACCUGCUUCUUCACCAUCAGCACUGAACCCUGGAGAACAAUGUUCCAACUCCUAAACAAGACCUGCCUGGAGGGGUUCCACUAA